CUGAUUUAAACUAGAAUUUAAGUGGUAUAGUGCUAAAAUAAAGUAAAAAAAUAAGGGAUAUCAAAAGGAUAUGUAUUAAUAACGAAAGGAACAUUUCCAGAAAAAUAUUCUAAUUAAAAUAAUAUGAGUGAAAGUCCUGCAGAGAUGUCAAGUUUUCAAGUGGACCAGCGGGCAAAUUUCCUCGCUCUUAUUUUGUUGGACGCACUAGAGGAUGGUAAUGAAAGCGACAUAAAUGCUAUACUUGAAAGGAAUAAUGUAGAUGCAAGUUUUGUCCCUGUUGAGCGCGGUAUAUCGCCACUGCAUUAUGCGUGCGGAAUGGAGAACGCAGAAUUAGCCUGGGAGAUAUCAAAAAGAUUCCUUCAGGACGGUGCUGAUCCCAAUGUGCGGUCCAACGAAAAUAUGACGCCAUUACAUGUGGCAGCAAUAUUUGGACGUGUGGAUAUUGUGAAGCAACUUUUGAAAUAUGGUGCUCAAUAUGAUGUGGUGGACGAUGAACGUAAAACACCUAUACAUUAUGCCAUAGAAGAUUGCCAUUUUGAAGUGCUUGAAGCGAUUAGAAACCAUAUUUUUCAACAUAAGUAUGAUAGAGACUGUCAAAAGCGCAGUAAUGAAUGUAGACAGGACUCCAACACUCCAGCUCCAAAAACUGUAAGGUUACGUGAUGAAAAUGCCUCGAAUGUUACGCCAGUCAACAAGGUACUUCGUAACGUACUUGCCACGGAUAAUGAAAACCACGAUACACCAGCUAAAAAAUAUACACCUAACCGUGUACAUUACAAUUAUGAUGUCACAUCUCCAUAUUACAUUAACAUCACCCAUCGACGUCACAGGCCUCAGCCUAUAUUUCCAACCACUGCGGAGCCGCUCAAUAAAGCCCGCAAUAUUGAAAGAAAUAGUUCAGAUGUACAAAGUGUGAAUUCUGAGGGACAUCGUCCGGAAUCACUAACUUCACCUCAAAAGUCAGUUAAUGUUUUCGACCUAACAGAGAAAAACUUAAAAGAACUUUCCCUGGCCACAUCUAAUUUAGAACGAUCUUGCAUAUCUAUGAUCGAGUCUUGGCGAAGAAAAGUAGAGAGUUCACGAGCGAGAAGGUCAAUUUUAAGGCAGUACACCAAUGUUGACGAAAUGUUGGACGAAUUAAUGAACAGCGAACAUCUUAACUAUACGAACACAGCAUUGCAAAAAGAAGUGAAGUCAGAUUCGGCAGAAGAGCAACCAAAAGCAUCUACAGCAACCGCAGGGAAGUUCUUACUUAAUUCUAAUGUCUCUUUGGGUGCUAUAAUACAAAAAGCGGCGCAAGCCAAUGUCUUAAAUAUGGAUCCACCAGCACGCAAUCGAGAGUUAGACAGUAGCUACCAUACUGUGCCACCUUUCACUGAACAAUUGGAUGAAAACAUAAGUGCAAAUAUGCCAGAUGAAGGCUUGCAAAACUCACAGAAGAACGACUUAAAAGAAAAAAGUACAAAAAAUUCAGCAUCUGAAUAUUUUCUACAAAUGACUGAGGCUUACGUACACACUGACGACGAGAACGGCCUAGUUUUCUAUGAAACCAAGCUGCUUAGUACCCAGAAUCAUGCAACUAACAGCGAUCAACAAAAUUUGAAUAAUACAAUAUCCACUAAUGUUACAAUUCCUUUGGACUACGAAACGGACGAGCUACGCGCAGAGUUGACACAUUAUGGCGAUCCUCCAGGACCGAUAACAAAGAGUACGAAAAAGCUUUAUAUUAAAAGACUUAUAAAGUACAGAAGGAAUGCUCCAAACCCCCUCCAGCUUAAUACCAAGGGAGCGGCUAACGCUGAUAAAACUGCAAGGUUCUCAGUGGAACUGCAGCGUACUAUACGUUCUUCAGAACAGUUUUCUUUAAUACCCGAGUACAUGAAAUAUGAGUCCAAAUCGGCAGAGUAUUUUGCCAACCUUCCAAACAAGCGGAAAAUGAGAGAAGGACACCUAAAACAAAGCUUUAUAUAUAUGCUUAUCGAUCCCCGGAUUUCAUGUAAUUUACCAGGGGAAAGUGUGUUCCUUGACAAGCAUAGCGCAUGGAUGCGAUUUCUUCAUUCAGUUUUCUAUGUGGGCAAAGGAAAGACUUCACGGCCAUAUUCCCAUUUAUAUGAAGCGAUGAAAUUGCAUUCACGUGUACAUAGUCAGGAGAAUGUUUCAAAACCCAGUUCGGGAAUUGUAAAACCACGGCGUGGGAAAAUUUCAUCGAUUCGAAAACAAACUCUUUGUGUAGACGUUUUCAAAACGAGUCUCUGUAAGUCUCCGGAUAAUAAAAAACUGAACAGAAUCCUAGACAUUUGGCGCUGUGGAAAAGGUGUGGUUUGUUUACAUGUCUUUCACAAUAUAUUACCCUCAGAGGCGUAUACCAGAGAAGCGGCUAUAAUCGACGCAUUUGGCUUAGAUCAUUUAACAAAUUACAAGCGAGGCGAUUAUUACGGUCCAUCGCAAACCUGGACUAUGAAGGAAAAGAAAUUCUUAGGUAUAUCCUUGCUGUAUAAAGCAUUACAAAUAUAUUUAGCCGAGGGAGAAUCGCAACUUUCCCCGAGUGAUCUCAUAUAAAGUUGUAAGCUAUGUUUAUACAUAGUUUAAUAUGUAGUAACUAAGACAUUGUCUCAUGUAUAAUUGUAUGUAAGUAUACAAUUAGUGAAUGUGAUA